AAAUCUAUAAACAGGAACGGACCAAACCAAGUUUGAGGAGUGAAAGCUUAACCCAAAUUAAAGCUUUCAAGUUCUGCCCACAAAACAAGAACACUUCCCAUUAGAAAACAUUAUUCUUCUUCAACAAUUACAAUUAUAAACAAUCAUCAAUACAUCCAAAAAUCCUCUGAUCAUCAAUUAUACCCAAUUCGUUCCUUUACAAUCUACAGAUUCUUCUCUCAGUCAUGCUUCGGCUCAACUCAUAAAAGAACCCAAACUUUUCCCUUCUCUCUCUCUCAAAUCUUUUUCUGUUUCUUGAAAUACCCAUUUCUUGAAAUGGCAUCCACUUCACUAAUUGACACUCUUUUUCAACGCACAUUAGAUGAUAUAAUAAAGGGUCUUCGCCAUCAACAAACAGGAGAGUCCGCUUUCAUUUCAAAAAUUGUUGAAGAAAUUCGCAGGGAGAUCAAAUCAACAGACUUGCAUACUAAAUCGGUAGCCUUACAGAAACUCACAUAUCUUAAUUCACUUCAUUUUAUUGACAUGUCAUGGGCUGCUUUUCAUGCUGUUGAGUGCAUUUCUUCACCUAAUUUCUCUCACAAGAAAUUGGGUUAUCUUGCAAUUUCACAGUCUUUUCAUGAAUCAACUCCUGUUAUGUUGUUGAUUACUAAUCAAUUAAGAAAAGAUCUCAAGAGUAGUAAUGAGUUUGAGGUUAGUUUAGCUCUUGAAUGUUUAUCUACUAUUGGUACUGUCGAUUUAUGUAGAGAUCUUACUAAUGAAGUUUUCAUUUUGAUGUCAAGUUCUAAGCUUUUUGUUAGAAAGAAAGCUAUUGGUGUUGUUUUGAGGGUUUUUGACAAAUAUCCAGAUGCGGUCAGGGUUUGUUUUAAGAGGCUUGUUGAAUGUUUAGAUGGUACUGAUCCACAGAUUAUGUCUGCUGUUAUUGGGGUGUUUUGUGAGCUUGCUUUAAAGGAUCCUAAAUCUUAUCUUCCUUUAGCACCUGAGUUUUAUAAGAUUUUGAUUGAUUCAAGGAACAAUUGGGUGUUGAUUAAAGUGUUAAAGAUUUUUGCAAAGUUGGCUCCUUUAGAGCCUAGGUUAGCUAAAAGGGUUGUUGAACCAAUUUGUGAUCAUAUGAGAAGAACGGAGGCUAAAUCAUUGAUAUUUGAGUCUAUUAGGACUGUGGUGACUAGUUUUACUGGCUAUGAAUCUGCAGUAAAGCUUGCGGUAAGCAGAAUUCGCGAGUUUUUGGUGGAUGAUGAUCAGAAUCUUAAGUACCUUGGAUUGCAUGCAUUGGCAAUUAUAGCACCUAAGCAUCUAUGGGCUGUGUUAGAGAAUAAGGAGGUUGUGAUAGAGUCUCUCAGUGAUGCUGAUCCUAAUGUAAAAGGCGAGUCUUUGCGUCUAGUUAUGGCAAUGGUCUCUGAGAGUAAUGUGGUGGAAAUAUGCAGGGUUUUGAUCAAUUAUGCACUCAAAUCUGAUCCUGAGUUCUGCAAUGAGAUUCUUGCUUCAAUUUUAUCAAAGUGUUCCCAGAAUGUAUACGAGGUUAUAGUUGACUUUGAUUGGUAUGCGUCACUUCUUGGGGAAAUGUCAAGGAUUCCACACUGCCAAAAAUCAGAAGAAAUUGAGAAUCAGCUUAUUGAUAUAGGUAUGAGGGUCAGGGAUGUUAGACUGGAGCUUGUUCGGAUCGGUCGUGAUCUGCUGAUUGAUCCUGCAUUACUUGGGAAUUCUUUCUUGCACAGGAUAUUAUCUGCUGCUGCUUGGGUCUGUGGGGAGUAUGUGGAAUUUUCGAGGAAUCCUAUUGAACUCAUGGAGGCACUGCUGCAGCCUCGUACAAGUCUCUUGCCUCCAUCAAUCAGAACUGUUUACAUGCAGUCUGCUUUCAAAAUUUUAGUAUUUUGUCUACACUCAUAUUUCUUAUACAAGGAAAACAAUACUGCUGAUAUGAUAUCGGAAGUCAGAGAUUUCACAUCCCAUAGAGAAUCCCCAGGAAGUUCUGAUUUAGCUGCAAACAAACCACCUGCUUAUUAUGAGCAGGAUGAAGGAUUCAAUCCAAGGGACUCAAAUAAAUCAUAUGAAGAUCUUUCUAUCAUGGAUACUGGGGAUGAUCGAACAUCUAAUCUUUUGGAGAAAGGUUUUACGCAUGAAUCUAUUAUUAAGCUGUUAAACUUAAUUGAAUUGGCCUUUGGUCCACUAUCAGGAAGCUGUGAUGUUGAAGUACAGGAGCUAGCAAGGAAUGUACUUGGAUUUCUUGAGUUGAUAAAGCAAGAAAUAUGUGAUUGUUUCUCUUCCAAAGACAUAGGUUUUAAAGGAGAUAUGAAAGCAUCCAAAGUUGUUGACUUGGUGCAUGAUGCGUUCUCUGAGGACCUUGGUCCAGUCUCAGUAAAUGCUCAAGAGAGGGUUCCUAUACCAGACGGUUUAGUGCUUAAGGAGAAUCUUGCUGACUUGGAAGAAAUUUGUGGUAAUGUACAAUUACCAUUAUCAAAUUCAUUUUCCCUGGGUAGUCCUUAUGGAGAGAGUAUCGGUGCUUCUGAGUCUAUCCCUCCAAGCAAAGAAGAGUUAGAACCAUCAAGUGAGUCCUCUUCUUUGCUUGCAGAACACCGUAAGCGGCAUGGGUUGUAUUACCUUCCUUCAGAGAAGAAUGAAAUCACAACAAAUGAUUAUCCACCUGCCAAUGACCCUAAAUCUGGCAUUAGCACCAAUGAUGAUGCUCAAGAUCUAGUUAAGCUUGCUGACCAAUCACUGAUCUCAAAGCGAAAACCAAACUAUGCAAAGCCUAGGCCUGUGGUGGUAAAGUUAGAUGAAGGAGAUGUUGCACCAAUUAAUGCCAAGAAACCAGAAAUAAAGGAUGAUUUGCUUUCUGAUGCUGUUCGAGAGGUACUUUUGGGUAAUACAACGAUACCUGCUUUAUCGCAAGGCAAUUCAUCUGAUAAGUUAUCAAGUAAGAGAAAAGGGAAAGAGAAACAGAAUGUUGAUCUUCCUGAAUCGAGAGAAAAUUUAGGUGGAGAGAAGCCUGACCUUGGAAAUUCAAGUUCAAGAAAAAGCAAACACAGGAGCCAGGGUAAAGAGAGAAGCAAAAAAAGUACAGAAAAGAACAAUACUGAUGAAAGGGAAGACCAUGAGGAGAAGGGAAAGCAAAAGAGUAAACAUCGCCAUGGUAGGCAUAAAACUCGACAAAGAGCUGAGACACGCCUAAAUUUGGUUGCACAAACACCAGUUAUUCCUGAUUUCCUUUUAUAGCAUUGAAAUUGUGGAAUAAUGCUUCUGUUUGUGGCUGCUGCCAAGAUUUUGAUUGAUUUCAUCCCCUGUAUUCUACCGCUUGACUGCUAAGGUUAGCUUUUUUUGGGUGCAUCAGCAUUUUGGGUAUAUUUUUGCUUCCUUGUCAUAACUUUUUUACUCUGGGAUUUAUUUAUGCUGUUACACAUUGUGAAAUAGUUUUUUGAAAGAAGUUGUUAUUGCCAAAUGGAAGAAAGGAAAGAAAAUUCAAAAGUAUGACGAGAAUAAUAACGAUGUAUAGUCCCUGUAGCGCUCUGAACUCUCGCACUAUUUUGAGUUUUGAAAUGAAUGAGAUUUACGAGUGUGGGUCUGCUGUGAUA